CUUUCCCUCUUCCCCAUUCUUCUCUAUUUAGAAAUUACUCUGUUUCGCGCUGUUCGCCGCCGCCGGUUUUCCCCUGUUCUUGGUUCUAUGUUCCUAUCGUUGCUAAUUAUUACGGUGCCGGUGGUGUAAUUGGGUAUUGGGAGAACAGGGAAGAUAAACUAUGGGUAAAGAUUCACCGAAAGAUGCACAAUCAAAGAUAACAAGGCAAAGAAAGGGGUUACGUAGCAAGAGUGGCAAGUUUUUGAAGCCGGGUGCUCUUGCCCAGAUUCGUUAUGCUAAAGCAUCAGCAUCAUCUGCUAAAUGUACAGAUCUGGGAAAGAAAAGGGUGGCUGUUGUGGAUACAGCAAAAGCAGGCCGAAAUAUCCAGGAGGGAAACCCUUUGAUGCUUUCGCCUUUGAGGUUUCCAAGCAGUCCAUUUGCUGGAACAGAUGAUAUUGAUAGCAAGUUUUUGACAACACCGAAAAGUUAUGGUGUUCAAGAUUCUGAAUCAAGACUUGAAUCCCUUCCAUUUGAUAUACAGGUCAAAAUAAUUUGUCUCUUACAACAUGACCAGCUGCGAGCAGUUUUUCAUGUCUCGCGAAAAGUUAGGAAGGCUGUUUUAAUGGCCAGGCAAUUCCACUUCAACUACACUACGCCAGAUAGAGCAAAACGAGAGUUUUUAAUGAAAAUAUCCCCACUUCCAACAGAGCAGUGGCUGAUUUUAAGAAAUAAUGAAGAGGAGGGAAAUGGCAUGAUGAGAAGGACUCCUAGUCCUCAUACUCCUAAAGCACCAAGACAUGGCCCAAGGCCAUCACAUCGAUAUAAGUUUGCUGAGAUGAGACAAAUUACUUCGGUUCUGUUUCAAGAUUCGGUUUUCCCUUCAAGGUGUAUUGUACCCUCUGUUUUGCCAAAGCCCUUGUUUAAGUCUUUGGCGUCCAACAGAGUUUUAGUCUACGAGGAUGAACUAUGCAAGGCCGUGGCUAAGAACAAGCUUCGUUAGAAGUUAUGAAGAAGAUCUCCUUCUCUUUGUGUGUGUAUAUUACUAUAGUUGUGUUUUUGAUUUCCACAUAUCUGGUGUACUUUAAUGGAAGGAGAGGAUUACAGUUUUGCAGUCUUAUGGGUAAAAAAAGGUCUAGAUUUUAAUGGCUAAUGAAAUGCACUAUAAAAUGUAGCCCAACUGGUGUAAAAUUUUGAGUAUAAUAGUGUAUGUUAAUAUAAUGAAUGCUCUACUUUCUAUACAUUUUUGGACUUUUGUA